CUCCUCCUUCUAAAUGCCUCAUUUGAGUCGCGUUCAUUUCAUACACACAUUUUAUAUCCACUUUCUCUUCUUCUUUAUAUUUUCUCUCGUUCUUCUUCUUCAGCUACUAAACAAAACUUGCUAGCUACCUCAAAUCAUGGAUUCUUGCCGACAUUCCUCCUCUCCUUUCGACUCUAUCCUCUUCGAUUUAGAUGACACCCUGUACUUGUCCAAGCUAGGAUUCGGCGAAGCUACCAAAAGAAACAUCGAUGAUUUUCUGGUCGAGAAAUGUGGAUUCCCGGAGAACAAAGCUUCGUCUCUCCGAGUCGAGCUUUUCAAGAAGUACGGAAGCUCCCUCGCCGGUCUACGAGCUUUGGGCUAUGACAUUGAUGCUGAUGAUUAUCACGGUUUCGUGCACGGAAGGUUGCCAUAUGAUUUGAUCAAACCAGACCCUCAACUACGAAACCUCUUGCGAAGUAUCAAUCAACGCAAGAUCAUUUUUACAAAUUCUGACAAGAAUCAUGCGAUCAAGGUGCUGGAUCGCCUUGGAAUCAGGGAUUGUUUUGAACAGAUAAUAUGUUUUGAGACGAUGAAUCCAAAUUUGUCGAAAGCCAGUCGUCCUGAUGAGAUUCCGGUUGUUCUCAAACCUUCUUUGGAGGCCAUCAACAUUGCCAUCGAUGCUGCAGAGGUUGAUCCUCGCCACACGUUGUUUUUCGACGAUAAUGUGAGGAACAUUGCUGCUGGCAAAGCUGUCGGGCUUCGUACAGUUUUGGUUGGGAGGACGACUAAAAGUAAAGAAGCGGAUUAUGCAGUGGAGGUGGUGAACAAGAACAACCUGAUCCAAGUAAUUCCAGAAAUCUGGUUUGGCGAGGAAGAUGAGAAGCAGCAGCAGCUGAAAAUUGAUUCGGCUCUUUCCGCCACAGCUGUCGGUGCUUAAUUUCUACAAUAAUUACUGUACAUUAACUUAAUCGCAACGCUGUAUAUUGUAAUUAUCUCAUGUAAAUUAAUCCUUUUCUUUUUC